AUGAUCCUAGAAUAUUGCGAAACAGGACAACUAGACAAGUGGCUGAUAUCCCUGAGAGGCGACAUGAGCUCUGAUACCAGCGAGCUCUUACAGAGAAUUUGUUUCGAUAUCUGUAAAGGAAUGGCUUACCUAGCCUCUCAAAAGAUUGUCCACAAGAAGCUGGCAGCUAGAAAUGUGUUACUAACUUUUACUAUUGUACCCAAAAUAACUGGUUUUGGGCCAACCAAAUCAUCCGAAGACGAAGAUGCUAAGGCAAAUAUUCUUGAUGUUUUUCAGGAAAGAAUUCCCUUAAAAUGGACUGCUCCAGAAUGCAUGACGUCACUAAAAGAUGCCGAUCAAAGGAGUGACGUUUGGUCGUUUGGAAUUGUUUUAUGGGAAGUUUUCAGUUUGGGAGAAUUGCCUUAUAGCGACAUGAAGAGUCGAGAUGUUGAAAACAGAAUCAAGGGAGGCUACCGUAUGAGCAAACCAGAAAUGUGUAACAGUUUCUAUUACAAAAUUAUGACAAACUGUUGGCAUGAAAACCCCAAGAAACGAGAAUCGUUCAAAAAAAUUGAACAGAAAAUAGCAGGAACUUUUGUGAAUAAAAGCGACGAUGUAUAUUAUUAUAAUUAG